ACAUGGAGUGAUUGAGCAUUCUGUGUGAACGUGGGUCUACAUCCCAUCCAUUUCUUCUCUUCAGCAUGACUUGAAUACGACAAGUCUUCGUGACUUUGCCAUAAACACAUCGUUAGAGACAAAAAUCCAUGCUCAAAAAGCUUACAGCUCUGAGCUCACAUUUUAAUUCCAACAUUGGGUCUGCAGAGAAAGGAGCAUCAUCAAAGGUUCAAGGCAAUUAGAAGUGACAGCUAGCUUUUUAUUCUUGGCUGUAAUCAGUGUAUUUCAGUUCUUACAGAACUAACCUUCAGCCAGCCAGGCAGUAGUGGCAAACACCUUGAACCCUAGCACUUUGGAGGCAGAGGCAGUAGGCUCUCUGAAUUUGAGGCCAGCUUGGCCUACAAAUCCACUUUAAGGACAUCCAGGACUACACAGAAGAGGCCUGUCUCAAAAUCAAAACAAAACACAAAAACAAGUCUUAAGGUCAGGUAGUGGUAUACACCUUUAAUCCCAGAACUAAGGAAGCAGAAGAAAGGUAGUACUGUGAGUUCCAGGACAAUCAAAGCUACAUAGUGAGACCCUGUUUCAGGAAACCAAAACCCAAACAAAAAAAGAAUAUUCAAAUUAAUGUCACCAAAAUCCUGUUACUAAAUGUAUCGCUUUUGUUUAUAGUUUACCCAAUGUCGUCUUCUUCACUUGUUUUUAAAUUUGAAGCAGCAACUUCAACUUAGAUACUUAUUUAGUUAUGAAGUGAAGGCAGGAAUAUCUAAAAGUGACCUGCUAAGUCUUCUGUCCCUAAAAAGAGUUUACAUCUAGAAACGUCUGAGUAGAAAGAAAAGAUUGGCUGUGGUCUUGGUUGUCCUUUUGAUUGCAUCUGGAAUCAACAAAAACAAAUUCCUGAGCAAGACCGUGUACAGCCGCCUCCCCCCCCCACCCCCACCCCCGCUCUUUCUCUCUACCCCUCCGCCCCCUCCUUUACCUCUACCUCUUCUUCCUACCCCAUACCUCUUCUGAGGCAGCAUCUUACUAACUAGCUCUGGCUUAUCUGGAACUUUCUAUAUACAAUACCACCCCCCAUGGAAUUAAAGAGAUCCUGUUGCCUCUACCUCUGGAGCUCCCGGAUUGAAGGUGUGUGCUACCGUGCCCAACUACCAGAGAUUUUUCCUGUACUAUUUGACAUGAGACCCUCCCUAAAUGUGGGCGGUACCUUUUGGCCGCAACCCAGAUAAAAGGACGCGCGAUAGAAGGAAAUUUUGCUUUUGCCCUCCGUCUUGCUGGCAAGUUACUUAUCCUGCUGGUCGGCGCUCCUUCGCUGAAAGUAGGACCACGUUCGUUCUUUGGGACUUCAACAAAGACGGAAAGAACAUAGCCCAACGGGAUCCCUUUCAGCCUUCUGCUCCAGAUUGAGACUGCGGAGAAGUCCAGCUUCGUGCACUGAGCAACUCUGGGAUUGCCAACCUCUCCAGAGUAAGAUAGACACUGACUGUUGGACUACGCUGACCACAUCCUUAUUUGUGAAGGCAAGGCUACUUCUACAGAGUUCAAGACAUGGGAUCCACAUACUAUAACCAUAACCCCAAUUUCUACAACGUGGAGGUGCCUGAGAUUGAGGUGGAAAUCGAGGAUGAGCAAGAGGGUGAUACGAAUGUCGCAGUCAACUUGAUCAACCUUGGUGGUGCUGUCGCUUUCUCCAGUCAAGGGAACCAUCAAAGUCCGAAACAGCUACAGUUGGAGGGAUGGGAGACCUCAAUUGCCAGAGUUCUACAACCACAGUCACAGCCACAGCUCCAAUCCCAGCCCCGGCGCACUCGACCACGGAUCCGCAGAGGUUUGACACCCUGGCAGCUGAGCAAACUGGAGAGUGUUUUUCAAGAAGCUCAGUACCCUGAUGUGAUCACAAAGAAGAACCUUGCGAAGUGCCUGUAUUUGGGAGAAUCUGAAGUGCACCGUUGGUUUAAGAUAAGAAGAGCCAAGUAUAGGAAAAAUCAGUGCCUACAUACGUUCAGUUGUACCCCUGAUGGUACCCAAAGUACCUUUCCCUAAAGUUUUUGGAGAAGCCCUGGAGUGCCAUCCUAGUCCAGGAGCAACCUAACCCCUUUCAGCAGUGAAGAUCCGAGUAUUAGGAAACAGGGGAAAAAGUUGUUAGUUCAAGGCCAGCCAUAGCUACAUAUGGAGACCCUGACUUAAAAACAAACAAACAAACAAAACAAAAAACAAAAACAAAAAAACAAAACAAAACUGUGAAAUAAACACUUGAGCCUCCCAGUCUGUGUGAAGAAAAACAACAAGGGGAGAGCAAGUCAUGGAAGUGAAAACAACGAGGAUGGACUGGACAGUCUAGGAAACCAGGCUAUAUUAGACAAAAGGCUUUGAGGGAGAGCCAGAGCUAUAUGAUAUUCUCUAUCGUAAGGCAGCAUUUCUUCAAAGCCAGAAAUCUGAUCCAGGACUGCAGAUCUCAGAGCCUUCCAUAAUCAUGAAUUUAGGACUUAUGGAGAUCCACUGGUUUCCUAGAAACCACGUUGAAUAACUUGCUGGAGAAAUGACGAAAGCAAGAGCUCCAAGGCCCACACUGAUCAACUGUAGGAAGCGAAGCCAUUCCCUACCCAUUUCCUGAGCUUCCUAAGGGGAGGGAUGCACAGACCUGCUUGGUGAUAUGCACUUAGCAUCGGCCUCUGCUAGGAGGAGCCAGCAAGAAAAGGAGGAGGUCUCAGUCCAUCUGAUGGCAUUAACAAUGAGGAGCACAGUUCCUUCAUCCAUCGUCUCUUGAACACCUGGUGCCAGGCGCUUGGCUGUUGAGGCAAGCAGAAGCAGGCUUUGCAUAGCUCAACCUUCACGAACUACUCCCCUCUUCUUCAGAAGAUAACCAGAGGUCGGACACUGGUCAUCAGACAUACAAGAGUAGCUUAUUGGCUAGCUUUUGUGUUCUUUGACUGCUUCCAUUUUCACCCCACAGCUUAGGCUGUCCUUGAACUCACAGAGAUAGAUCUGCCUGAUGCUGACUCCCAUGUACAGGGAUUAAAUCUGUGUGCCAUUACACCUGACUGAUGUCCAAGCCUUUAAAAUGUUGUUCCCAUGCCUAUUUUAAAUAAAAUCAGUAAAUAAA